UUUACAAGCGGACACGCAGUAUUAAAAAGCGGAAGCGGAAGCGCUUCCACACUACCAAGUCGUUCCCAAAGUCCGACGUUACAAACGCUAGGAAGCACUCGAGCUAGCACUCUAGUCUCAUCUCCAUAGGACGCGACUAGCAAGGACGCGUCCUAGCAAGGCUGCAGCCUUCACUUUGGGAAACAGCCCGUCUCCGUUGGGAACCUGAUUAUACUUCCUCGUUUCAAAGGCAGCAGAUUCGUUGUUUCAACUCCGAAAACAUGUUUUUCUUACCGUUUUUCUCAGCAACGACAUGGACUCUAAUUGUUCUCACCUUAACCCUAUUGUUGUUGUAUGGCAUUUGGCCGUUCAACCAUUUUAAAAAGAUGGGCGUUCGUGGGCCAAGACCCUUUCCUUUUAUGGGAACAUUGCCUUACUUUAUGAAAAAAGGUCAACAUUUUACCCUUGAAUGCAAUAAGAAAUAUGGAGAUGUUUGGGGGCAGUUUGAUGGACUUUCCCCCUUGUUAAUGGUGGCCGAUCCUGAAAUGCUAAAGGUUAUUUUAGUGAAGGAGUGUUAUUCCACCUUCACCAACCGAAGGAUCUUUGCUAAAGACAUUUUCGGACCAUUGAAAGAUGGACUUACCCUGGUUAAAGAUGACAGGUGGAAAAGAAUUCGGAGUACCAUAUCGCCAUCGUUUACCAGUGGAAGGCUGAAACAGGUCUUUCCCAUUGUUGAACGCUAUGCUGACCGACUUGUUAAAACCCUUGACACUGAAAAGCCGGACCAAUCUGUGGAUGUAAAAAAAUUUGUCGGCCCCUACAGCUUGGAUGUAAUGACCAGCGCUUCCUUCAGCAUUGACACCGACACCACAGUCAAUCCAGAUGCUCCUCUCAGCGUUCAACUCAGAAAUCUCUUGAAGUUCAAAAUAUGGCCUUUUUUUGUAAUAAUGGCCUUGCCGUUUACACAACACCUUUUUAGGCUGACUGGCAUCUCAGUAUUGAACAAAACCAGUGUGGAUUACUUCUAUAACCUUGUUAAGCGCGUCCAGCAUGACCACAAGGAAGAUAAAUCUGGACAUAGUGAUUUCCUUCAGCUGAUGAUUGAAAGUGAGAUCCAGGAGUCUGACAUUAAGGACGGAGUAGAGCCAAGUAAAGGUAUGACUGAUCCAGAGAUUGUCUCCCAGGCGUUUCUCUUCAUAUUUGGCGGUUUUGACACCACCAGUACCACGCUGACUUACAUCCUGUACAACCUGGCCUUGAACCCUGACGCUCAGCAAACCCUACAGCAAAAGAUCGACGUGCACUUUUCAAAAGAUAGUCCUGUUUCCUAUGAGGACCUGAUGAAUCUGGAGUUCCUGGACAAUGUGAUUUCUGAGUCCAUGCGGUUGCUGCCCACUGCCCCUCUAAUUGACAGAGUGUGCAAAAAAACCUUCCAAAUCAAUGGACUCACCAUCCCUGAAGGGACAGCGGUGGGGGUCCCUUUGUCAAACAUUCACCGAGACCCCCGCUUCUGGACUUCCCCUGAGCUCUUCAAACCAGAACGAUUCAGUAAAGACCACGGGGAGGACAUCCAUCCCUAUGCCUACAUGCCCUUUGGCCUGGGUCCACGAAACUGUGUGGGGAUGCGCUUCGCUGUGAUGGUCAUGAAGAUGGUUCUGGUGCGCCUUCUGCGGGAUCACUACGUGGAGACCUGCAAGGACACCGUUGUACCUCUGGAGUUUAAUUCGAUUUUUCAGCCCAAGGAGCCGAUCAAGCUUACGUUUAGUCGAAGGGAACUGUAAUCCUCCAUCCACGAUAAAAUCUGCCCAACAAUUCUACCUCUUAUCUUAAUUUUAUCUAAAAAAUACUAAAUAUGAAUUUGUGAUUGUUCGACUUAAUUUUCACUUCUUUUAUCUUAUCGAUUAUAUUGGACUUCUUAUUGAAGUCCAAUAGACAAGGACUGCGCUGCAACUAUAUAAAUAAAGGCUUGGUGUUUCUUAUGAUGCAAUUAACACUGAGUUAAGAUAAGGAAAACAGUACUAACGGAUUUUAUAACACAUUUGAAGAGAGACAUCAUUUAAUUUCGUUGUGCUUUUGCACAUAUUAAUUGGCUUUCAUUUUGAUCAUGUUGCAUAGCUUUACCACCUUUCUAUAUUGGAAUAGUUUGCAUGCUAUCCACUGUUUUUUGUUCAAGACCAGUUGGAAAGAUACGUUUAUUUUACAAUCCCAUUAAUUUUUUGGAGUCUAAAACAUAUAUGCAGUAUAAUUGAUUGUUUAAACCAUGUGUGUACAUAAAUUAUGUAUUUUAAUUUGAAUAAGUGGUAAAUCAUUAGUAACCGAAAAUGCACACAGCCGGAUAAAAACAUGUUUCCCUUGCUCUUGAGUUGUGUCAAAGCCUGUAUGACUCAGCAGUAAGGACUGUAAUCUUACAUGCAGAUAAUGGGAAAUGACAAAACACAUGAUACAAAGUGUGUGCCAAAGUGUGACCCUACAGAUCUGAACUGCAUUAAACUAUUAUUAACACUGUACCAAAAAUGUAUCAUGUGUGUUUGCUGAUAUUUGUGUGACUGAAAGAAACGGUGAUGAGAUUCUCAAAUUCGUGUCAUGUCGUGUCACACAUCACGUUCUGCGAUCUGACCUGAAGAGCUAUUGGAGCUGUACCCCAGUAAAUGUCCACUAGAUAGAUCAAGAUAAGAAAAAUAGAAACUGGAAUUUUGGCUACAUUGAGUGUGUAAACUAAAUAUGUCGUAUAAUCGUCUAAACCACGGUGGUGACAUAAUUUAAAACCAGACGAACAGCUCUCGAGACAUUGAACUUCGCAGAGGUCACUUUGGUCUUGCAUUAGUGCUUUAUGACGCUUUUUAUACCACAAAUGUCGAGAUCAUGACAUGCACACAGACUCAUUGAAAACUGCCAUUAGUCUGGAAUAGAGCAUGGAAACCCGACCCAAGCCCGACGGUACCCGACGGGCCGGGUCGGGUUCGGACAAAUAUUUAGAAAUUAUGGUCGCGUUUGGGUCAGGCUCUGUCACAUCUGCGCAAUAAGGCGUUGGCAUGGUGUUGCUUUUGUGUUGAUGUUCAUUUUACUUUGGUGUUGACGUUAAUUUUACUCUUGCGUCAUUUUGUGGAAUUUAUCGUUAUCGUGGCCUUUUUUGUGGGCCUAUGUGAAUUUCAAUUGGUUAUGAUUCUGCGCAACAAGCGUGUGUUGACAGCGAGCCCAAGAGUGUUUAACGUGUGCUUGUUGCGCUCAUCUCAACAAAGGCGUGCUUUCAUACACACAAACGUAAACGUUUCAUUAGUAAAAAUGCGGCCUGUUCAGGCUCUAGUAUGGAACCUACUUUCAGUUUCGAUUUCCGAAGGGCGUCACCAACGGGCGCAGAGCAAAAAACCUCUGGACGGGAUUGGAAAGACCUACAACCAAUCAGCAACGAAAAGGGUGACGUAGAACUGAGCGAUAAAAAAACCAACUGAUUUAUUCUCGACAAAAUGUGCAGUCGUCUGUUCUUCUUUUAGUGGAAAUAUCCCGUCCAGUUAGGUUAAUACUGUCUAGAUAGUGUUAUUAACAGACCGUUCUACAUCUGCUGCAGCCAUCAUUGUUGUUGAAAAUGCCUGUACAGCUCAGCGUAUUUAUCCUACCUCAUGUAAGACACACGGUUGUGAUUGGUCUGUAUAUUUUGUACCGAGCAGAAAUCUUUUUGCUCAUAAUGUUAUUUAAUUUGUUAAUAAUAUACCCCUAUAUUAUGUGGAUUACGACCUAUUUUUGUAGCCAACUUUAUCGUACACCGAUGUGAUUGGUUGUUUAAUUUGUUUCUGUAUAGAAGUGCAAGCAAGCACAAGCUAAGCACAUGCCAUGGCUGCUGAUGAUGUACCGAGCUGUGAAGAAAUUAAUAAACAGAAAAAGGAAGAGAUGUAAGACGUGAUUCUUUAUCAACAUGACAGAUGAAUAUGAAUGCGCAACAGGUUAUGGGCCCAGGUAUUAUACAAGAGGAGGAAGAUGGCAAAGGUUAGUCUUCAACGGAGAUGAAAAUAACUUUGAACUGUCGGAAGUGAGGUUUCUCGGCCACAUGCGGAUGCUCGGCUUGAAGGACACAAUACUCUGAACGGAUGAUCCAGAUCCAGAAAAGAACGAAGAAUGCUACGCAGAACUAAUUAAAUUCCUGGAUGAUAAAAGCCUAUUGUUGGUGAUGAGAGAGGCGGCUGAUGACGGCAGUAAAGCCUUGCAAAUAUUAAGGAGCCAUUACGCCAGUCAGGAUAAGCCCAGAAUUUUUGCCCUAUACACAGAACUAACUUCAUUAAAAAAGGAGUCGGGAGAAACUGUGACAGACUACAUCAUCCGAGCUGAAAAGACAGUCACUUCGCUAAGAAAUGCAAAAGAGGUGAUAAUAGCCAUGAUUCUGAAGGGACUUCCAGAAUCAUAUAAACCGUUCGCCAUUCAUAUGACGCAGAGCAGCGAGGAAUUAACGUUUAUCCAGUUUAAAAGUAAACUACGAAGCUGUGAAGAGACAGAAAAGUUUGACACUAAAGCAAAAUCGGACAAUGUAAUGAAAGCAGACAUGUCGUCUAUCGUUUGCUAUGGAUGUGGAAACCGUGGCCAUAUGUAGAAAGAGUGCCGCCAAAGAAGUGCGCCAAAAUGGUGCAACUACCACAGAAGCUCCACACACAGUGACGAGACAUGCAGGAGAAAAACAAAUCACAAAGAUGAUGUCAAACAAAUCGCGGAUGGACAAAAAGACCAAGAGGAAGAACAAACAUUCGUAUUCAAGGUCAGUCAAAAAUUCCUCCCGGACAAUAUUAAAAGUAACAGACUAAUGGUAGAUUGUGGAGCAACAUCACAAAUCAUCACUGAGGAAGACGCAUUUGCAAAAUUUGACGAGACUUUUAAUCCAGCUGAUGGAACCAGGAUGAACAACGUGGCAUUGAAAAGAGGGGACGCAGAGGUGUGUUUGCAGGACAGAGAAGGAAGAUGCAGCAAGGUCACACUGAAGAAGGCCUUAUUCAUUCCGUCAUAUCCACAGGACAUAUUCUCUGUGAAAGCAGCUACUACUAAUGGAGCCACGGUGACAUUCCAAGAGGGACGGGAUGAACUGAUUCACAAAGAUGGGACUGUUUUCCCCAUAGAGGUGCACGAGAGACUGUACUACUUGAAAAUGGUAAAUAACAAACGAUGUGUUACAAAUUCAGUUAAUGAUAUGAUGUCCACUGACAUAGUGAGUUUAUCUUGUGAUGUCAAAACAUGGCAGGAGAUUUUGGGACACUGCAAUAUUAAUGAUGUGUUAAAAUCAACAAAUGUGCUAGGGUAUGAAGAUCACAGGUAACACCAAGAUAGACUGCAAUGUGUGCACUGAGGGAAAAUUCAGCCAAAGCAAAAAUAAGAGAGCCGGUGCAAAAGCUAGUGCGCCCCUGGAGCUGGUACAUACAGACUUAGCAGGCCCCAUUGAACCAACUUCCCGAGAUGGAUAUCUCGGGAAGUUGAACAGAGAUGCUAUUUCAUUCACAGAUGAUUUUUCACGAGCUGUGUCAGUUUACUUCCUUAAAACCAAAAGUGACACGACCCUAUUUACAAAGAAAUUCCUUGCAGACAGUGCGCCAUAUGGCAGGGUCAAGUGUAUAAGAUCAGAUAAUGGCACUGAAUACACAAGCGAUAUUUUUCGGUCACUGUUAAGGGAAAAGGGUAUAAGACAUGAAACGUCAUCCCCAUACUCUCCCCACCAAAACGGUACAGCCGAGAGACAGUGGAGAACCCUGUUUGAGAUGGGGAGAUGUCUCUUAUUAGAGAAAGGCAUAGGCGUUGAUUACGCCGGGGACGUCGGGGACGCGUCCCCACCAGAUUUCGUCAAGAUUAAUUUUGUACCCACCACUUGUAAAAAAUAAAAUAAAAAAAUAAAAUAAAAAUCGAGUUGAAUUAUUAUGGAUUGCUACACGGGUCUGCACAAUGCUGUGGAACGCUUCGUUAACUUGCAUGGACUCUUCAUAACUUCCGGUGGUGAAUGCUAGGUAUUGUGACGACCCCACCACUCCACUAGGGGCCUCUGUGUUCUUUGCUGCUUUGCUCUCCCUUUGCAGGUUCCAGGUCGUGGGAGGGUCAUCUUCUUGAUGAGACACCUGGGCUGGUGUGGUGCUAUAUAAGGCUCGCCCUUCUGCAGAUCUGGGCUGGCUCUUGCUGAUGCAGCCAUUGCUUUUGUUCUAUUUGUUUGACACACAUUCACACACAUGCUUACACUACUGAUUACUGACAUUUAUAUAUAUGUUCGGUUGUUUAUGGUCUUGUUUUGGGAAUAAAUGUAAGAUAAUUUCACUCUUUAGUCUGGUCUCCCAUCUUUGCCACAGUCAAGAGCCGGGCUGUGACAGCAUAAAUUGAGUGUCAAGGAAAACAAAGGACUUUUUGCCUAUGACGUCUUUGGUAUCACUCCUCAAGUAGUCCGGUAACUUUUCAACCCUGCGUCUUCGGUUGCUAAGCGACGUCAACGUCUUUGGUGGACUAUUUCUCUGCUGAUCAACACUACGAAUGCUGGUAACAAAUAAAUUGUAACAAGCCACACCAUGUGAAGUCAUUUUUUUCGUUUUGGCAUGUAGACGUGUAAUAAGCGGGAUGAUGUAUAGAACGUCACCGGUCGAAAUUAAAGGGCAACUUCACCCAUUUCACUUAAGCUUUGUAUCGUUAGAAACCCACUCAUAUUUUUGAAUGGUCGAGCAUCAUUCCCUUAUUUUCUGCAGAGACUGGAGAGAUCCGUAUCGAUCUCCAACACUUCCUGUUUACAAUGACGCAAUAUGACUUUUUUUGCUUACAAGAAAAUAGGAAGUGUAAGAGGGGAUGAUUCUCGUAAGACUACAACCACUAGUCCCACCCCUCACUAAGGCCCACUGACGCUACAGACCUAUUAGAGCAGUGCCAGUGGGCGGGACUUCACCAGCAGAAACUAACAUCCACAGCGUCUAAAGCUAAGCUAACAGAGGCUGUUGAUAAAACUGAAGUACAAUGGCGGAGGGUACUGGAUCUGACAUAGAAGAUGGCACCAUGCAAAAGUUCACCAUUUCGAAAGAAAUACAAACAAGGACUACCGUAUUUUCCGCACUAUAAAGCCCAAUUCAGACCAAAGAUUCACCUUGCAACGGCUUUCAACGAGGCGGUUUUAGAACGUGGCAGGGGCGGUCGUUGCAAGGAGUCGCAAGGAGUCGCCAGAGAUUGAACAUGUCAAAUCGCAAGGUCCAGUUUUAGAACGCAGCGAUUUAACUAUUUCUCUUCAGCCAAUCACAGCACAGAACAACUUGUGCGUCACAGCCUUACUCUGUCCCGGUACCGUACUGUCCACUCCAGCAUAAAAAUAUCAGAUUGAAAUAUCCGAUAUCCGGUGAAUGACAAAACACAGUAACUAUAGCCUACUCUCAAGCAAAAUAAAAAUAAAAAUAAUCGCAAACCUAACUAAUCGCAAACCUAACUAAUCCAACCUAACCUACGCAAAUGAUGCUGUUGCGGCUCUCAGCUGUGCCAGAGCGUUCACAGUUGCUAGGGAAACCACCUAGCGUCGCAGCCCGUUGCAGCACUUUGCAGCCAGGGUGAACGGCCCAGUUUUAGAACGUCGCAGCCCGUCUCGUCGCAAGGAGUUGCGAGUUGCAAGCCGUUGCAAGGUGAAUCUUUGGUCUGAACUGGGCUUUAGGCGCACCAGAUUAUAAGGCGCACCUUCAAUGAAUGGCCUAUUUUAGAACUGUUUUCAUAUAUAGGGCGCACCGGAUUAUAAGGCGCAUAGAAUAGAAGAUACUGCAGUCAAACGUUUGACUGGGGUUGCGUUAUGCAUCGACUAGAUGGAGCUAUGCUAAAGGGAAUGUCAACAAAACAAUCAGAUAAAGUCAAACUUUAUUAAGCGUUCUGACAACUCCGUUCAAUCCCAUGGUAACGAUGUUCAAACGUUAAUGUGCAUAUUAAUAUCUCCCAGCCUUGUUCAGUUGUAAACACGUAAAAGAAACACAGUCUGAUACCGCUAAUUCAAACUUUAGUGCAUAACUCAACAUUGUUCAGUUACGUAUAACACGUAAAGCUCACUUUCUCAGUUCAUUCCCCGUCCACGAAUCCCUCAUUCUUCUUCUUCAGUGUCCGAAUUGAACAGUUGGGCGAUUACGGCAUCCAACCCCGGCUCCCUCUCGUCAUUAUCCGAGUCAGUGUCGCUGCUGUUGCCUGGCAGUUCAGUGAUUAUUCCUGCCUUCGUGAAAGCUUGGACCACAGUUGAGACUGUUAUAUCAGCCCAGGCAUCCAAGAUCCAUUGGCAGAUAGUGGCGUAAGUCGCCCGGUGCUGUCUCCCCGUCUUGGUGAACGUGUGUUCGCCUUCUAAGGCCCCGUCCACACGAAGCCGAUUUUUUUGGUGAAACCGCAUAAGUCUUGUCCGUUCGGCCGUCCAGACGGAGCCGGCGAAUCCGGUGCCCGAAACCGCACAUUUCUGAAACCACCCUCAGAGGUGGUUUCAAAUCUAUCCGGACCUAUGCAGUUUCGUGUUAGGAUUCGUGUGGACGUCUGUGAUGCUUGAUGGCAGUGGCUCCCCACCAGCUGGGGGACGUCAGAGUUGCGUUGAAUUUUUUAUUUAUUAUUUUAUUUGUAUUCUUUUUGUAGCUUUAAAUAAAGCCCCUUGAUAAAUGUAAUUACUAAGUGUACAUUAAAUAGUAUUUCUGCUCAAUUUAAAAGGUUGAGUCUCCUCGUGACUGAAUGUUUGUAUACAGCGCGCAGGCUUGAUGCGCUCCACUUUUUUCUGUAGAGAACCAGCGCCUGGAAUAUUUACUACAGCGUUUCUACAGCUCGAUGCGGUUUCGAAAUGACUGGCUUUACGGAGUGCGCCUUAUAGUCUUUACGAAGUGCGCCUUACAGUGCGUAAAAUACGGUAAUUCACUGAGUUCACCAACUAAUACCCCUCACUAGAAAUGUUGUGUGAAAUGAUUUUCAAGCAGUCUUGCAAUAUCAUCUUGGUAGAUGGAACAGCGAGGUGUCCGAUAGGCGGAGAUCUAGAUCAGCGGGAGUGGCCAGCGAAGCUGUGCAUCGUGGUGCAUGGUGGGAGUUGUUGUCUUCAAUCCACAAGCACCAAAAAGUCACUUUCUGCCUUUUCUCAGUCAAGACGGCACCAAAUUAGAAUUUUAUUUUAUUAUUUGACUACAUAUAGGACCCAAUUUCAAUACAUAUUCAUGAAACUGGAAUAUGUAUUUAAGAAACUGGAAUAUGGAACAUGUUGGCAUCAAACUUGCAUCUGUGUCAAUGAUAGCAUCGCCACGUCAUGGACACAGGCUGAUAACACCCAAGCGGAGGGAGCCCCAGCCCCCCCCCCUGUACUGAUAGUAGUCCUGAGUAUUACUGAGACAAAAAAGGGUUCAGCCGUAGACAAAGUAUAAAGGACGUUUCACAUAAUCUGCUGAACCCAAGGUUGCCUACGUCAAAACAUGGCAACUUUUGCAUUCCUGCUGUAACCACUAAGAGAGUAAACAAAGGGAAACUUAGACACACUGCUAACCUCACAAAUCUCAUACAUAUUGCCUCCAAACCAAAGACAACCUUAAAGCCUAUCAACAACACCAUCAGGAUGGGUCUACUUAAUGUUAGGUCUCUUAAUAACAAAUCAUUUUUAGUUAAUGAUUUUAUUACCACCUCUAAACUGGAUUUUAUGUUUUUAACUGAAACAUGGCUGGAACAAAAUAACAGUGCAACCGUUCUGAUAGAGACAGCUCCUCCCAACUAUAUCUUUUUUGAUGCAUGUAGAUCUGGAAAAAGAGGUGGAGGGGUUGCUGUUAUAUUUAAAAAUGUUUUUCAGGGGAAACAGAUGUUAUUUGGUGAUUUUCCAUCAUUCGAAUACCUUUGUGCUGUAUUGAAAUGCUCCCCCAGAGUUCUAUUAAUUAUUUACAGGCCACCCACAUACUCUGCACAUUUUUUCGAUGACUUCACAGAAUUAUUGUCUAGCAUCUCCACAGACUUUGACUGUCUAGUUAUAACUGGUGACUUCAAUUUUCAUACUGAUGAUUAGAAAGACAAGUGUGCAAAAAAACUUUUUACCAUUUUGGACACAUUUGAACUGUCUCAACAUGUGAAAGAGUCUACUCAUUGUAAGGGGCACACUCUAGACCUGGUUAUCACAAAGGGCCUCAAUGUUUCUGAUCUCUCUGUGACUGAUCCUUCCUUGUCUGACCACUUUUGUGUUUUCUUUAAUAUAUAUUUUAUUCCCGACAUGCAGACAAAAUCAAAUACUGUCAAAAAACGGUAUAUCAAUGAAGAAUCUUAUGUACUUUUUAAAAAGGCCAUCUCCUUACUACCACCUCUCAACCCAUGUUCUGCUGAUGAUCUUGUAGAAAACUCUAAUUUGAAAAUUUUGAAAGUCAUGGAUGUCAUUGCACCUUAUAAGGUUAAAACGAUUUCUGGAAAGCAAAAGGCACCCUGGAGAAAAGCUGCUUCUGUAACAGCACAGAAAAAAGAAUGCAGGAAGGUUGAACGCAUCUGGCGUAAAACAAAACUUCAUAU